GAUUCUGACUUCAAUACUUUGCAAGGUUGUUUUUUCUUUGAACUCUUUAAAAAGACUUCUUUUGACAACAUGGUGCUUUUUAGAGGGCUAAAUAGAUUUUUAACCCCGACUAAGUUUGUCACUCCAGCACGGUUAUUUGGAAAUGGGACAAACAAUUUAUACCAGAGCAGUUCCUCUCCAGCUGGAUUCUUUCCAGCGUCUGAAGGUGUUAUGCUUCCUCCAGGGACCUUUCAAAACAAGGUGGCCUUCAUCACAGGAGGGGGCACUGGACUCGGGAGAGGCAUGACCGCCAAUCUAUCUGCUCUGGGGGCACAAUGUGUGAUAGCCAGCAGAAAACUUGACGUUUUGAAGAAAACCGCUGAUGAAAUUUCACAGCAGACAGGAAACAAGGUUCAUGCCAUCCAGUGUGACGUGAGAGAUCCAGCUUCAGUGGAGGCUGCUGUUAACCAGCUUGUCAAUGAUGUCGGUCUACCUGAUGUGGUGAUAAACAAUGCUGCUGGAAACUUCAUCAGCCCCUCAGAGAAGCUUUCACCUAAUGCCUGGAAAACCAUUACUGACAUUGUCCUGAACGGCACGGCCUACAUCACACUGGAGGUUGGAAAACGUCUCAUUAAAGCUGAGAAGGGUGCUGCCUUUUUGGCCAUCACCACAAUCUACGCUGAGAGCGGCUCUGGGUUUGUCGUACCAAGCGCUGCGGCUAAAUCUGGAGUCGAAACGCUGUGCAAGUCUCUUGCAGCAGAGUGGGGCAGAUACGGUAUGAGAUUCAAUGUCAUUCAGCCCGGACCAAUCAAAACCAAGGGUGCUUUUAGCAGACUGGAUCCCACGGGCAUGUUCGAGAAGGCUAUGAUGGAUAGGAUACCCACGGGUCGUUUGGGCGCUCCAGGAGAGAUCGCCAACCUCGCCGCCUACCUCUGCAGCGAUUAUGCCAGCUGGGUGUCAGGCGCGGUCAUCAGAAUGGAUGGAGGUGAAUACGUCUCCAUGGCUGGAGAGUUCAAUGAACUGAAGAAGGUGAUUUUACCUCAGUCUAACACAUGUGUAGAACAGGGAGUAAUGAUUACUUCAUCUGUUGACCUUGAUUUUACUUGGCAGGUCACAAAAGAGCAGUGGGCCAUGAUGGAGUCAAUGAUCAGAAGCACAAAAGGAUCUUAGACCUGCUAAGACAGAAUUCCCAUUGUGAAAGUGCAGUAACAGUUCUAAUGUCUUCUGUUCUUAUUGAGUAUACCUCAAAAUGUAUAAUGUCUCAAUAUUGUUGAACCAGAAAGUCUAUCAAUAGAUAGACAGUCCUGCCUUAAAAUGCUGUUGUAAAGUCUACUUUACGCUGUCCCAUCCAAUGGUAACAAACUUGGGUGCAUGUGAACUUGUCUUUACAAUCUUGACUGUCGUUAUUUUAAUGCAUCCUCUAAAGUCGCAAUUGAUGAGCAUUACAUUUCAACAGCUUUCUGACUAAUUCAAAUGUGCUGUAUUUUUCAUUAUGCUUGUUAUAUUUGUCAAAUAUACAGUAGAACAAUCCAACAAAUUUUGCAUUGAUCUUUCUUCAUAGAACUAUAUAAUGCCAUUCAUCGAAAAACGCCGUAAAUGAUAGCAAACACGUUUUUUUUAUUUGAUUGUUUAAAGCUUUGAACGUCAUUUUGUACCUGUUUUCAUUUAAAUUUCACAUGAAGAUACUCUAGUCUAGAGUGUUUUCUUUUUGUCAUCGUUGGGUCCUAGAUUAAAGUGCCAUUGACCAGAAACAUUUCAAAAACACAUUACUGCUUAUCAAUACUGCUUAUUAUAUCACCAUUUAUUAGCUAGUGCAAGAUUGUGACAAACCUUUUGAUUGUUGGGGAAACAGGACAGAUUGUGGCCCUUAAAUGUCUUUAUAAAAUGCUUUAAUUCAGUUCUGUCUGUCCAAAAGUUAUGGUGCCUUUCUUGAUAUGUCAACUUUAUGACUGGGAUGCUGUUGCUGGGGUUUAACCUGCAUAAUUCUUUGAUAUUAUGUAAUGAAUAUAUAAAGAUUGUGUAGUAUAGAUAAGCACAUAGAAAUCCUACAUUUCGAUUAAUUAAAUAAGUGGUAUUCAGAA